CUCCCAGGAUUCCGUGGUGAGCGCUGCUGGGAGUUGUGUAUCACUCCCCUCCUCCCACCAUCGCAACGCACGCCCUGGACUCCCGGUCCUGCUCACUGUUAUGCACGCCCAAGGACUUCUUCUCGAGACAGAGGAGGAGCCGAGAGCAAAUGUUAACCCGGAAGGGAUUACCCAGGAAAUGAAAAUGAUCCCGGGUUUGUAGGCUGCAAUGUUAGAAGGUCUCCGAAGGUUCCGACCUGGCGCGAGGUUUUCUUCUUUUUCCUAGAUGCUGAGAUGAAUCGUCACCUGUAUGUUUGGCUUGUUAGACUUCAGUCAUUUAAUGGUUCCCUAAAGUACCACAUCCACUUUCAUUCUCAUCGAUUUAGACAGAUACACCUUGAUUCAAGGCUGUGGGUUUUUAGACAAAACAAGAAUCACGUUUUCCAUUGUCUGCUAAGUGAGGAUUGGUCCAGGAGGCUUUGUCAUCAAUACGCCAAGAUGCUCUGGAAGAAUAAAGCAUUACAGAAAUACAUGGAGGACCUGAAUAAGGAAUACCAAACUCUUGAUCAACGUUUGCAGAAUAUCUCUGUGAAUGAAGGAGACCAAAGGACCUUGAACCAAAGACAUGCAGAGUUAGCACCACUUGUAGCUAUUUACCAAGAAAUUCAGAGAGCAGAAGAAGCAAUUGAAGAAUUAGAGUCAUUGUGUAAAAGUUUAAAUAAACAAGAUGAUAAACAGUUACAGGAACUUGCAUUGGAAGAAAAGCAAACCAUUGAUCAAAAAAUCAACAUGUUGUGCAGUGAGCUUUUCCAAAGUCUAGUGCCAAAGGAAAAAUAUGACAAAAAUGAUGUUAUUUUAGAGGUGACAUCUGGAAGGACUACUGGAGGUGAUAUCUGCCAACAAUUUACACGAGAAAUAUUUGACAUGUACCAGAAUUAUUCAUGCUAUAAACACUGGACAUUUCAGAUUCUGAACUAUACACCAGCAGAUUAUGGUGGAUUACAUCAUGCAGCUGCCCGAAUUUCUGGUGACAAUGUCUACAAGUAUUUGAAGUACGAAGGGGGGAUUCAUCGAGUUCAGCGGAUCCCUGAGGUGGGCUUGUCGUCACGGAUGCAGCGUAUUCACACAGGAACAAUGUCAGUUAUUGUCCUUCCUCAACCAGAUGAGGUAGAUGUGAAAUUGGACCCCAAGGAUUUGCGGAUAGAUACAUUCAGAGCUAAAGGAGCAGGAGGACAGCAUGUUAACACAACAGAUAGUGCUGUCAGGCUUGUCCAUAUCCCCACAGGGCUGGUAGUAGAAUGCCAACAAGAACGAUCACAGAUAAAAAAUAAAGAAAUAGCUUUGCGUGUGUUGAGAGCUAAACUCUACCAGCAGAUUAUUGAGAAAGAUAAAUGUCAACAACAGAGUGCUAGAAAACUGCAGGUGGGAACCAGAGCCCAGUCAGAGAGAAUUCGGACAUAUAAUUUCACCCAGGAUAGAGUCACUGACCACAGAAUAGCAUGUGAAGUUCGUGAUAUUAAGGAAUUUUUAUGUGGUGAGAAGUGUCUGGAUCAGCUAAUUCAGAGACUACUUCAAUCAGCAGAUGAAGAAGCCAUUAUUGAACUUUUGGAUAAAAACCUUAAGUCAGCAAAAUAAAUGGCCAUUUAUUAUUUACCAAUAUAUAAAUAAAAUGGACCUGUAUCAAAAAGCAGCCUGGGCCCAAAAGAUGACACAGUGGUAAGGUGUGACAUCGUGAAGCUGACCCACAUGGGAAGACUUCUGGUCCUGUCCGGAGAGCUCCAUGAGUGUGCCAGACACAUACAUGCCCAUGAUCAGGUGUGGCUGAGGCUGGGGAUGGA